AGCAGGGGGCGCUGGAGCAGCUCUGUCUGAUCACACAAAAGAAUACACAUCAGCACAUUUGAGGAGAAAUGUUGAUAAUUCCACCUUAAGUUAUUAUCAUUAUUUUAUUUUUUUGCAAUUUCUCUCGUAAAUAUUAAAUUAAAAUAUUUAUUUUUACAAAAAUCUCACUGCAGAUCUUAAAUUGUAAGCAUUAAAUUCAGGUGCAACAAAACGGAUCUGUUACUUGCAUUCAUUUUUGUUCAGUUUUGCCACAUAGGAACCAGACGUUUUGCCCUCUCCUUCAUGUUGCUCCCCAUGAUAUUUUUAACUGCAUUGAUGGAAAACUGCCUGCAGACAACUGGAAAGACAAGCCUGAACAAAUAAUGGAGGGUGGACGCGGUGGGGAGUAGUCAGUGGUGCAGCCCUUACCCAUUGGUUGCCUCAGACACAGGAGCUCUCCCUCUCACAUAAAUGCGCUCCAACCGCCGACCGUCUCGUAUCAUCAAAAGGCCGCUGUGAGAGGGGCACGCGCGCCGCUUCUUCUUUUUUUUUACUGUCACAGUUUGAGCGGGGAUGAGCUUUGGUCCAAACAGCUGAGUCGUGCAUGGUGUUUUAUUUUUUUUAAUUUUUAUUUACUUGAUGCACAAAUUUUGACAACUUCAAGAUGACUGGAGUUUUUGAGAACCUAAACACCGAUAUGCAUUCCAACCAGAUUACCUCAAACAGUUACCACAGCUUGCACAAAUCCCAGGAAUCUCCAACCCUGCCGGUAUCCACGGCCACGGACAGCAGCUACUACAACGGCCCGCAGCCUGGACACUGCGCCGGGACUCCCUUUGGCCAGCUGGGCUCGUAUCAGUACCACAGCAGCGCCGCGGGCUCGGUGCCAUACAACGCCAAGACAUACGAGCUUGGUUUUAAUUCAUCUUAUGGUGCAUACAGCUCGUAUGGUUCCACGAAUUCUCCUACUCCUCCAGCAGAUACUGAGAAAGAAGAGAGCGAGCCAGAAAUCCGGAUGGUUAAUGGAAAACCAAAGAAGGUCAGGAAACCUCGAACCAUUUAUUCCAGUUUCCAACUGGCUGCACUUCAGCGGAGGUUUCAAAAGACGCAGUAUCUGGCUCUGCCAGAACGGGCCGAGCUGGCAGCCUCGCUGGGCCUUACGCAAACACAGGUCAAAAUCUGGUUCCAAAACCGCCGCUCCAAGUUCAAGAAGCAGUGGAAAAGUGGAGAAAUUCCCCCAGAGCAACAUGUUGCUUCCAGCGAGUCUCCUCCGUGCACGUCUCCGCCAGCGACCGCCUGGGACUUUCCACAGACUCAGAGAAUGAAUAGCAUCAGCUCGAGUUUACCUCAGAGCAUCAGCCCUCCCAACACGACGGCGCCUUCAUCGUUUUUGACGAACUACUCCUGGUACUCCACGACGAACUCUACCACGCAUCUGCAGUCCCCUCUGGUCCAGCACCAUCACGGCUCUGCUUUAAGUGCCGGGACGAUAUUUUAGGACUGAAAAAUAAAACAAAAAACAUUGGGGUGAAAAAGUAAUUGUAUUACGCGUUUGCGCCUUUACGCGCAAAACGCACCAAAUGGAUGGAGCAACCGAUUUUCUCCCAGUCAGUAGAUUUUUUACAGUUAUUUUUGUAUUUAUUUAUUUUUGUUUGUUUGUGUGAGGGGACGAAUGAACCACUACUACCCAAAGCAAUCACAGACUGGGCGCGAGCUCACCUUUACGCGGACGUCACUUUUUUGGGAGGGGGGGGUCAUUCUUGCAGGACAGACCGUCACAGAUGUAGCACAAAGUACUGUAUCGUGCCUUUUU